AUUUCUUAUGGAAUAAUUUUCAUUUCAUAUCGUAUUCAAUAUUAGUGACAAAAUUAUAAGUGAAUUAUUGUAACUGAAAAAACUAUUUAUUAUAAUUAAUAGAUAUAUAUUGUUAUUUAUUACGGGGUUGAAAUUAAUAUUCUAAAAAUAACCAAAAUUAUUUGAUAAUAUUGAAAAUUAAUCAAUAGAUAUAAAUAUGAAUGGCUCACAUAUGAUAGGGGGACUAAUUUUUAAAUUGCUAUGUGUGUUUAUCGUUGAAGUUUCAUCAAGUAAUUACUUACCAACCGGCAAGGAACAUUUUUUAACUGAUGCAUUCUUGCGUGAAGUGGUGAAUCGUAUGGGCAAAGAUCUAGCAGAAGUUGCAGCCGAUUCAUAUUUAAAUUUACCAGAUUCGAAUCGAAUAUCAUUGGUUGGUGAACGCGCAACCAAAGAUAUAGAAAAUGAGGAAAGAUUAUUUCCUUUAGAUUAUGAUUCAUUAGGUGAAACAAACAUUAAUCCUAGUAUUCGUGAUCAAGAAUAUUUACAGCACAGUUCACUAUGGGGUAAUCAAUAUAUGUCUGGUGGUGCUGGAGAGGGAAAACAAUUGCUAAAACCUGAAGGAACUAUCAAAAAUAAUCUGGAAAUCAAAACUGAUUCGAAUUUACCUGCAUAUUGUAAUCCACCAAAUCCAUGCCCUAUUGGAUAUACUGAAGCUCAAGGAUGUAUAAGUAGCUCAAAAUUUGAAAAUACAGCAGCUUUUAGUCGUUCAUACCAGGGAUCACAAGACUGCAUGUGCGAUAGUGAACAUAUGUUUGAUUGUCCAAAUCAAUCCGACCAUGACAGCAAUUCAAUGUCUGAUGCCCUUGACGAUAUCAGUUUUGAUCACUUUUUACAACAAAACUUUAAGAAGAACCAUAUUAACACACACAAUCAACUAGUUGCCAAGAAAUUUUAUAUAAGCCGGGAGCAACAAAAUCCAUUCCUUCAAGGUGAACGUUUACCCGUUGCUGCAAAGAAAGGAAACAAUGUAUUGUUUUAAAUGAUUCUUGCGCUAUAGAGAAUAUUUCUCAACAUAUAUGGUGACUAAACAUGGCUAACGAUAAUGGGAACUAUUCUAACGAUUUCACAAACAAAAUUACAUAACAAAUAAUUAUCAGCUGGUUAGAGGUAUUAUAUCAAGUGAUAAAUUUAUAGUAUAACAAAAAAU